AUGAAUAAACAAUUUUUGUUGAUAUCUCUCUGCUUGAUUAGUCUCUCCUUAGCCUUUUCUAUCAGAAAAGGUGAAUAACAGGAUAAGCCUGUUCUUCCUAAUUAAUAUAGAAUGGAUUGGGAUAUAUAUACCCUUGAGCAAGAUGCUCCUUAUGAUCCUGCUACUAACUUCUACUUAUAAAAGGGUAAAGGUGCUACUUAUUACGACUUUGCAACUGAGUCAAUGAUUGAAUAUUAUUACGACUUUUGUAUUCCUAUCUUUUAAAAUCCUUCUUCCUAUCAUUAAUUCCCAUGCAGAUUUUUAAACACUAAGCGCACUGCUUAUUUGUUGAUUGAUAAGCCAAUGCUGACUAGACCUCCCUGCUGUAUUUUUGCUACUGAAUUCCAUCCUGCUCACCCUAACUUUAUUGUUGAACAUAACUUAUAACUUAAAGGCACUUACUAAUAGAAUGGUGAAGAAGUUGAUUACUAUUGGUUAGAUAUUCCUCCCCCAGGUCCUUUCUACUAUGGAUUCCAUAAGUAUACUACCCCUACUGGUCAUAGAGUUCCUGCUGGUUUUGCUUUCCCUACAGAAGCUCCAGAAAACUUUACUUAAUAAGUCUUUUACAACUUCUAAGAAGGUCCUUUUGAUAUGAGUGUUUUUGAUAUCCCUGAUUCUUGCAUUAAUGCAACUGAAUGUGUAGUUUUUAAUGACGAAGAAGAAAGCAAGGCUAACUCUAAUUCAUCCAAGAAGCCUGCUCAUCAUGGUCAUGGUCAUUGA